AGUGUUGCCAGUCAGUGCCACCUAUCAAUGCCAGUCAGUGCUACCUAUCAGUGCCACCAAUCAGUGCCAGUCAGUACCGCCAUCAGUGCCAUAUAUGAGUGCUGCCUUUCAGUGCCCAUCAGUGAUGCCUGUCAAUGCCCAUCAGUGCCAUCUACCAGUGUCUCAUCAUCAGUGCCCAUAAGUGCCACCUAUCAGUGUCUAUCAGUGCCCCUCACUGCAGCCUCAUUAGCGCACAUCAGUGAAGCAAAAAAAUCACUUAUUUACAAAAUUUUAUAA